GGCGGGAGAAGGCGGCGGGCGCCGAGCGGCCGGGAGCGGGAAGCUGGAAACACGAGCCCUCCCUUCCUGGAAGCUGGUUGGACCAGGUGGCCGUCGGGGGGGGUGGGGGUGAAGGCGUAGUUGGGCCGGCUGUGGAGGCUGGCACGGGGACCCGGCCCCCGCUCCGCCUGGACCCGCUGCCAUGGCUCCGGUGAGAAUUAGCCACGUGGUGUCUUUCACGUCGCAGGACCCCCGGCACCCUGCCGAGAACCUGCUGGCCGUGGACGGCCCCCGGCCCUGGCUCAGCAGCCCCCAGGACCGCAGCGGGCGGCUCAGAGUGGAGCUGCAGCUCGAACGGGCCGUGCCCAUCGGCUACGUCGACGUCGGGAACUGUGGCUGCGCCUUCGUGCAGAUGGAGGUGGGCCGCUCCUGCUGGGCCCCCGACAGGCCGUACCUCACCCUGCUCCCCACCACCACCCUGAUGACCCCGGCCGACUCCAAGCUGGGCGAGAACCGCUCCGCCGUCCGCAUGUUCAAGCACGGGGACUUCUUGGCCCCCGCGGCGGGGGAGCCCUGGGACCGCGUGCGAGUGACGUGCAGCCAGCCGUUCCGCCCGUGCCACCAGUUCGGGCUGGCCUUCCUCCGCCUCCGCUCCCCGCUGGAAAGGACCCAGGAGCCCGGGGCGCCGGCCCCCGGCCAGAGCCAGGAGCCUCCUCUUCCUCCUCCCUCUUCUCCCCCUCUCCCUCCUCCUAGCCUCCCCUGGCUCGCCAGCCCUGCCAUCCGGAAGACGUUUUUCUCCGAGCCACAGCCGAGCCCCAAGGAGGUGGUGAACCUCCAGAGCCGCCUGCAGCAGCUGCAGCCCGGGACGCUGACCCGCCCGGCCCGCAUGGUGCUGGCGGCCGCCCGCCGGGCCCGUCUGACCCCCGCUGAGCGCCCGGAGAGCUGCCGCCCGGAGGAGCCGACGCCCACCUCCGCUGCUGCCCCAGGAGGAGCUCCUGAUGGACAGAAGGUGGUGGCCCAGAAGAGAGGCCGAAGACAACAGCCAGACGGGAAGAAGAAACAGAAGCCGCUGGCCUCUGGAAGGUCUCCACGACCCGCUGGGCCCGGCAGAGGACGGAGAGAUGGGUCAAGCCCAAGGUGGAGACCCCCCAAAACCCAGGAGACCCCCACCCAAAGCCAGACCGCUCCAAGCCCGAGUCUCUGUCCCAUCUGUGCAGGCAACUUUCCCGAUGACUUCCUUCCCCUCCACGCUGCUACCUGCGGAGAAGAAGAGGACCCCUCCAUGGACCGGAGCCUGCCCCCGCCCUCUUGGACCAUUGUCUCUUCCUCCUCCUCCUCCGAGGAUGACUCUGAGGACUCUACCCCCUCAGCUUGGGUUCAGUGCCCACUCUGUCAGGUCCAUUUUCCAGCUGCGGAUGUGGAGAGUCACGCCAGCACGUGUGGGGAGUCGGCUCCCGCCCCGGAGAACCCCUGGAUGUGGGUGGAGUAG